CUUUAUUUUUAUAUCUCCUGUUUGAUUUCUUUGAGAAAAAUUGUUAUCGAAUUUUCUUGUAUGACUUUGCUAAACUGUCGUCAGUGUAUUUUAUCGUGAAUAAAAUUAGCUUACGUGUUAUUCUGUAGUCGGUACAGAUCUGCUUUUGUCGUGUUCCAGUCCUAGUAUAGAUCGAGGCACUGCAAUAUGGCAGAAAUGGGAGAGAAAUAUAAUACAAAGUGUCCAGGAGUGAAACGCCUUAUGAGAGAAGCUUUGGAAUUAGCAGAAGCUACUGAGGAGUAUUGUGCUCGACCCUUGGAAGACAACCUUUUUGAGUGGCAUUUCACAGUACAAGGACCAAAAGGUACUGAUUUCGAAGGUGGCAUUUACCAUGGAAGGAUUUUAUUGCCUAAAGAAUAUCCUAUGCAUCCACCUCACAUUAUUCUCCUGACUCCUAAUGGUAGGUUCGAAGUACAGAAGAAGAUUUGUUUAUCCAUUUCUGGCCACCACCCAGAAACAUGGCAGCCAUCAUGGUCUAUCAGGACUGCUUUGUUGGCUUUAAUUGCAUUUAUGCCUACUCCAGCUGAAGGCACAAUUGGCUCAUUGGAUUAUACACCAGCAGAACGUAAGAUGUUAGCAAAGAAAUCUACAACUUGGUCCUGUCCACAGUGUGGUGAUAUAUCAAAUCUGUUGUCCUGUACUGCAGCCAAGCCUUUAACUGAGGAAGAGCAGUCUGCACUGAACCAAAUUGCAUUCAAAGCAGAAGAAGAACCACAAGCCCCAAAGCCUCCAGAAGAACCAGUACAAGAAGCAGAGCCCCAGAUAUUAGAGUCAUCAGAGCCUAGUACAAGCUUUUUAGAUCAAUUAACUGAGGUUCUAGUGGCUCUUCUUGUGGGAGCUAUAGCUAUAUUUGUGUACCGACGCUGGAGUUCUUUGUACACAAUGGCAGAAGCCGAAAUGUAAAUUUUAAUGUCACAUUAGAUUCUAAGUAAAGUUUACUAUAAUAUGCAUUGUUUUCAGUAUAGAAUGUCAAGAUAAUACAUAUUAAAUAAUAUACUAA